AUGGAGCUGGUGAAGAUUCUUAAGAGGAGGAAAAUUAAUAUUGUGUAUGUCCAGAAGACUAAGUGGGUAGGGACUAAGGUUAGAGAUGUGGAUGAGUUUAAGCUGUGGUACUCGGGAAGUGACAGACGUCAGAAUGGUGUGGGGAUCUUAGUGGAUGAGAAGCUUAGAGAGCAGGUGGUGGAUGUUAAGAGGGUUAGUAAUAGGAUGAUGACGAUAAAGUUGGUCUUAAGAGGGUCUACGCUGUAUGUGUGUAGUGUUUAUGCACCGCAGGUGGGCUUGGGAGAGGAGGUGAAAGCAAGGUUUUGGGAGACUUUGGACGAGGUGGUGAGAAGUGUGCCUAGUUUGGAGAAGAUUGUCUUAGCGGGGGACUUUAAUGGACACAUUGGGGUUCUGCCGGAAGGCUACGAUGAGAUGCAUGAGGGAUUUGGUUUUGGUGAUAGAAACAAUGAGGGAGCGUCUCUAUUGGAUUUUGCGAGGGCCUUUAGGCUAGUGGUGGUGAACUCGAGCUUUCAAAAGAAGGAGGAUCACCUGAUUACCUUCCGUAGCGCGGUAGCCAAGACCCAGAUUGACUUUUUACUGCUAAGGAAGGGGGAUAAGGUUUUAUGUAAGGACUACAAAGUCAUUCGGAGCGAGCAUCUUUCGAAUCAGCACAGGCUUCUGGUGAUGGACUUAUUUUUUAAGAAGAUCAGGAAGAGAAGGGCUGGGGAGGGUCAGCCUAGAAUUAGGUGGGGUGGCUUGACGCCUGAAAGUGCGCUGGUGAUAGAGAAGAAAGUCGCAGGAUUGGGGGUGUGGGACUGUAGGGGGGAGUGGAUACUAUAUGGGAUAAGGCUGCCAGCUGCAUCACAGAGACGGCUAGAGAAGUGUUAG